AUGUCCGAGAAUGCAAAGCCUCAGAAACCGAUGAAGACCCGUUCCAUCACAGCGUUCCUGCUUAAAAGAACGUCCAGAAUGGGAAGUGAAUCUGCUCGACUCUCCCCGAACUCAGAGAUGCAUAUGCAAGUCGCAACAGUCACAUUGGCCCUUUGGCUGGCGCUUCUCGCGCCGUUUUCGCUCGCGCAGAGCAUUUGCUCAGGCGCUCCUCAGCCUCGGUACCCCAUGACCUUGGCGUCUGGGUGGAGGGGCGGUGUGCUUCUCGGCGGGCUCACGAUGCCUCGAGGAAUUAUGAUCGAUACGAGGGGCAAUCUCCUGGUCAUUCAACGUGGUCGAGGACUGACGGGACAUGCCCUGGAUGCCAACGGCUGCGUGACCAGCACGAAAACCAUCAUCCAGGACAGCCAGAUCAACCACGCGAUUGACGUACACCCUUCUGGCAACAGAAUCAUGGCCAGCUCAGGAGAUGCCGUUUGGUCUUGGGACUACGACCCAGUCACCAUGACGGCAACUAACAAGCGAACGCUCAUCACUGGGAUGAAUAACUUCAUCCAUUUCACGAGGACCAUCCACAUCUCUCGCAAGUAUCCCAACCUCUUCGCUUUGAGUGUUGGAUCAGAGAGCAACGUCGACCCCAACGAGACAGCCUGGAUCAGGCAGAGCCCAAAUUCGAGUAUUCGACUACAACAAUCUCCCUUCUCAAAGUCUCAUAUGGGAGGGUACUGGGAGAACUCACUGGACGACGCCUACCGAAUGGUCAAUGGUCAACGUCGCGAUAUCCAUACCAAUAACCCCGCCGAGAAGGUCUAUAAUUACCCCAAUGGUCAAUACAAUGAUGCUUGGUGCAACACCAACGCAGUCAAGCCCACAGCACUUCUCCCACCCCAUACUGCCCCUUUGGAUAUGAAGUUCGGCCUUGGCAACGAUACUAACCUCUAUGUCGGCUUGCAUGGAAGCUGGAACCGACAGCCACCUCAGGGUUACAAGGUGGUGAUCAUCCCAGGUCGCUACUCGGCGUCUGGUGAAUGGUCUCCAAGCGUCGGCCUUGCCCAAACCAAGACCUCGUUCACCAAUCUAUUGACCAAUCGGAACGAAAAUCAAUGUUCAGGAUCAUUCGGUGUGUUGAUCCUCCCGUCGUCACUAAUCCUCCUGGGACCCCGACUACUCCACCCGUGGUUACUCAACCACCUUCGACAAUCCAGCCACCUCAAGCAACGCAGACAAUGUAUGGGCAAUGUGGCGGACAAGGCUGGACUGGGCCAACUCUCUGCCCCGCCAAUGCUGUUUGCAGAGCGGCAAACCAAUAUUACUCCCAAUGUGUUCCUGCGUAAACGCCCAAAUUCCCUUUAUAUCUAUAUUGCAGAACCUCUGUGUGUUGCCCGUUCAUUGUUCUGA